AGCCGGCCGGCCCGGCGCCUGCGCGCUCGGGGCCGUGGCGGCCGAGGCGGCGGUGGCGAUGGAACCCGGCGAGCAGCUGAGCGAGCUGGUGUCCGCCGAGGGCCGAAACCGGAAGGCGGUGCUGUGCCAGCGAUGCGGCUCGCGGGUGCUGCAGCCCGGCACCGCGCUCUUCUCCCGCCGGCAGCUUUUCCUUCCCUCCAUGAGAAAGAAGCCGGCCCUGGCCGACGGCAGCGACCCCGACGGCGAUGUCCUCCAGGAACACUGGCUGGUCGACGACAUGUUCAUCUUUGAGAACGUGGGCUUCACCAAGGAUGUGGGCAACAUCAAGUUUCUGGUCUGCGCAGACUGUGAAAUCGGGCCGAUCGGCUGGCAUUGCCUGGAUGACAAGAACAGUUUCUAUGUGGCCUUGGAACGGGUUUCCCAUGAGUGACCGAGGGGAGGAGGACUCGUGCCACUCCCAACUAUAAAGCGACUCCCCACCAGAACUGGCCCUGAUCUCUCCUGGCCUGACCGCUCGCUGCCCCCUUCUGUGUCCUCGCACGUCCAGCCGGACAUGCGAAAGGCUAGUCCCGCUUCCAGAAACCUCGAGCACACGUCCCCGGCUUGGUUCACUUUCAUCACAUUUCCUAAUCUCCUUCCAGUUUCGGGACGCUGGGUGGCACAAGUCACCGGAUCCUGGGCCAUCUGUCGGCACCCUUGGUUCCUGCUCUCGGAGGGCGGAGCUCACCCCUGGGGCCAUGGUGGCACGUGGCAGCGGCUGCUCGGGUGCUGAGAGUUUGAGCUCCACCUCUCGUCUCUCCUGAAGCAAGCAUGCCCGUGUGCCAGGGAGUGCUGUGUGGCGCCCUGUAGCUAGAGUGACUUCGUCUUUUACUUUAAAAGCACUCACAGGCCUCGGUGUCGGAACUGCUGCUGAGACAUGUCGCCGCAGCCACCCCUCUGGCACCAUUUUUGUGAAUCUCUCCUCUAGGUUGGUGGCAGCCUUUCAUGAUGAGGACAGAUUUGGCCCUCGAGCCUCAGCCCGUGAUGGGGUCUCUCCACCCUGUGCUCUGUGCAACUGAGGUUCGAUUUUCAGCCCCAGAUGACAGUCACUUCAAAGAGAACUUGACUCUGUUUUCUCCGUAUUUGAGGACAGGCACUGGGAAGACUGAAUUCAUGGGCAGUGUCAUUUCCUGCGCCUCAGGGUAUGGUUCUUAUCCUGAUGGUUUGGGUUUCAUUGAAAUCCCCGUUAUGACCCAGAAUAUAAAAUUUCCAUCCAAAUCUCCACACGUCUGUUAGAGAAGCUGCAGUGUCGACCUAACAGCUGCUAGCGGAUUUGUUUAACCCCUCAACUGGGUUUUUAAGGGUUCUCUCGUUUCUCUUAGGAGUCCCAUGACCCCUACCUCUUCAGACUCAGAGGAAGCCUGGGACUGACAUAAGGACCAAACAAACACUUCCCCGUUGGCCGUGCAGUCCUCUGUUUUCAUGUCCUGCUGCCUUCUUCCUUCUCCCUAAGGUCACCCGGCAAAGUGCAGAUCUUCCGUGUUUCAGCCCUGCUGCUCCCUAGGGAGUGGUUUCCUUUCCAGAAAGGGCCCGGGUAAGCACUAGUGGAAACGGAGAGAACUCAGAUGUCUGUGAUUAAGGCACUUGCAGAAAAACUGAGAACAAUCUACUCAGGUUAGAAGAAACAAGACCAAAUGGAUACCUGGGGCAUAUGACCUGUGACCCUCUGACCCGUCACCUGUUGCAUCACAAGCCAAAACUUAGGCAAAGCAAUUUUUCUAAGACUUCGACUGCUCACUUUUUUUUUUUAAUCAGAAAAUUAGGACAUACUUGCUGCAGAUUACUUUAAAAAGGGGUAUAAAAUUUUUUUAAUGAUUCAUUUUAAUACCAUCCAGAGAUUGUCAGUGAUAAUGUGAUACAUAUCCUUCUGCAUAUAUAUCUUUUUUUUUUUCUUUCUACAAAUGAGCUCAUAUUUUGUUCUUUUUUGAUUUUGGGGUUUAAAUCCAAGGCCUCGCACAUGUAAGGCAAGUGUUCUACCACAUGCUCUACCUUUGAAAUUUGCUUUCUUUCAUGAAAUACUGAUUUCCCAUGUCAGUAGAUACACAUAUAUGUACACCAUUGUUCUUAGUAUCCUGUUAAUGUUGCUGUGCUAUAAUUUAUUUAAACAGUUCGCUAUUAGAUUAUCUCCAGUUCCUUAUGGUGUCAUAUGAUGUGCAACCUUAUAUUUAAGUUGUAUACAUGUUUUUGAUUAUUUUUUGGAGUACAAUUAGAAGUGCAAUUGUGGGGUACACACACUUUUAAGGCUGCGCUGUAUGGACACAUGCAAACACAGCUGUCCUAAAACCCCCACUGUGAAAGAGCAUUUAUCUACACCCUACUGACACUGGGUAUUUAUUAGUAAAAGGAUAUUUUACCACUUUAAUAGAAAAAUAUUGUUUUAAUUUGCAUUAAUUUUAUUUCUAACAAAAAAAUUUAUACUUAUUAGCCAUUUGUAUUUUUUUUUGAGAAUUGCCAAAUCUUGUCUUCUUAGCCAAAAAUAUCAAGUUAUUAUUGUACUUUUACAGUUUCAUCUGAAAUAAAUAAAGGUAUUUAAAUGGC